AGAAAACGAUGGAUCAUAAAAGCGAAAAGCCUUCCUUGAAAAAUGGAACACCAAGAAAAAUUGUUUAUAAAGACAGAUGACAUUGUUUGACAAGAAAAGUAAGAAAUGGCGAGCAGACAGGAUGAGGAGUUCAGUGUGAGGGCCGGCCAAAUCGUGGGCCAAGCACAUGUGAAGAGGGCUGAGUGCAAAGCAGACAACACCAACUCUUCUCAAGCAUCAAGCUUUCUUCAGGAGAAAGGAGAGAAAGUGAAGAGCAUGGCACAUGACGCAUCAGAGGCAGUGAAGAACACACUGGGGAUGAACACUGACAACAAAAACAACAACAACAAUAACAAUGAAUAUAAGAACAAGAACCCUUUGGACAAUAAGAAUCCUAACAACACAACUUGUCCAAGCAUGCCUGGUCAUCCUCCUGCAGAUAUUUAACUUCUCCACAAAAUUUAUCUUUUCCUUUAUAAUUUCCACUAAUAAUUGUCUGUAAAAUAAAGCAUAUUACACAAUGCAUUCAAUGCCAACACAUGUUCAAACUUAUUUGGCUUUAGACAUGUUCACACUUGUGUUGACCCAACAAAUAAAAAGACUUUGGUUUUUGUUUUGGUAA